CUUGAAACCUGAAAAAAAAAAAGGAUGUCGACCUGCAAAAUUUCACCUCCAGCAAAACACACACUCACGCACUACCAUCCUUACGUGUCUUGAUGUGAAGAUCCCACCUCAAUUUCCUUCCCAAUUUGCCAUUUCUUCCAGAGGGAAAUCGACCUUUCUUUUCUGUUUCUUCCCUGGUGGCAGCUAUUUAAUCCUGCAUGCAAAGAUGGGUGCUAAUGAAUCUUCGAUUCUAUCUGAGCCAGAUGUGAUUCUCUAUCCAUCAAUGAAACCUAAAUUGAGUGACAUACCGGAAUCUUGCGUGGCCUCGGUAUUGUCCUAUCUGGACCCACCGGAGAUCUGCCGAUUGGCUCGCCUGAACAGGGCUUUCCGGGAUGCUUCCUCUGCUGAUUUCAUCUGGGAGUCUAAAUUGCCUUCCAGUUAUGCCUAUAUUCUCAAGUUAUUGUUGCAAGAUGAGAAAUAUAGGCGUUUGAGGAAAAGGGAUGUUUAUGCUCUGCUUUCGAAGCCUAAUCCUUUUGAUGAUGGCACAAAGGAGGUUUGGAUUGAUAAGAGCACAGGAGGGGUAUGUUUAUCAAUUUCGUGGCGUGCGAUGACCAUUACUGGCAUUGAUGAUCGGAGAUAUUGGAAUCACAUUUCUACCACUGAGUCAAGGUCCGUUCAUUCAUGGGGUUUACUUUCUUUUUAUUUUUUCCCUUCUUUUUGGGUGUGCCAAAUUGCGAAAUUUGCAGUUGAAAGUUGUUUGGUGACUUUUCAUUUGUGUUUGUGUUGCUGCGAAAAUGUAAAAUUAUCUAUGUUUUCUUCGCGGAAAACUAUUCAUUUCUAUUGACCAGAAGAGCAUGAGAUAUUUCACCCACCUCUUGAUGUUGACUGGGUAAUUUUAUAAAUAUGUCCAAGGUACACCUUGAUGAUUUGCUUUUCUCUGGAUGUUGUUUACUGUUUACAUAAAAAGGCUUUCUUCAAAUCGAAAAUAUAUAUAUUUGCUUAUUUGCUUCUUAUUUAUCUAUGUGCUUCCUGAUGCUUCAAGGCGGUUGUUGGUCGUUUAUAUAUAUAUAUUUUUUCUAAUUUUGUCUUGACCAAGAAAAACUUGUUAUGCUUUCCUUCCGGAGGAUAUCAGUCGUCAAAUGCUUCUCCUUGAUUAUGAUAAGAAAAUCUAAUGACCUUAGAGUCUCAAAGAAACUUGAUAUGUAUGAAGUCCAAGGAAGAAGUGGGGGGAAGGGUUGCUUCUUUUGUUCACAAUGAAUUCCAAACUAAGAGAAACGUAUUUGAAGUCAAAAAGAGUGAAGAUUCCUGAAAGUUUGAACUGCAUUUUGGAUGAGGCAGCCUCUUAGAUUGAGCCAACACACAGGAUUGUUGCGGAGGUUAAGAAUAUUAAAUAAUACAGUGUAUCUAUGGGUUGGAUUGUCUCGCAAAACUCUAGUAUGCAGGCAUGGAAGUAUAUAAAACCAUCACACUAAUCUUCAUUAGGAUCUAGAUCCUGCCAUGAAUAAUUGAAUAUGGUUAAAUUUUGUUCUCGAAUCGGUGAAUAUGUUUGGAGCAACCAUAGUAUUUUGUCUGAUUAUUGCAGCAUCCAAAAGUGUGAUGAAUAAUAAAUUUCGUUUGGUGCUUCAGUUCGUAUAAGUCGUGAAACUUGAUGGUGAACAGAAAGACAAGUUUGCCUAAAAGGAUUUUUGCAAAAACUAUUCCUUCGCGUAUUUUAUUUAAGGGCCCAAGCAUUGAGACAUUUAUGUGUGGCUUAAUAAAUAAUUACACUUAGAGGUGACAUUGCUGAAAACCGUUACGUGUAGCUACAAAAGGAUGGUUAUUUAGAAAGUGAAGAUUUGGUGCUGUUUAUUCUCAUAAACGUUUAAUUUGCAAUAUCAGCUGUAGUUGUGGUUGUGCAUACACAUCCCUGAUUGAUAUGUUGACCUGUCUGAUGGUUUGAAAUUUUCUACUUUCCUGAAUGAGUUUCCACAUGUUGUCAGCUGUUCAGCUAGUAACAACCAUUCUUUUCUCUAUGAGAGUAUAUUUUACCAUUCCGUUCCUUUAUUGUUGGCUGCUGAUGCCGCCCAGCUAAAGCAGAGUUUCUAGAUUUGCUGACUGGCUUUCUUCCUUAUUCCUGCAGAUUUCAAACAAUGGCUUAUCUCCAGCAAAUAUGGUGGCUUGAGGUUGUAGGUGACUUUGAGUUUCAGUUUCCAUCAGGGACGUAUAGUUUAUUUUUCAGACUUAAGCUAGGAAAGGAAAACAAGAGGCUCAGUCGAUGGUAUUAUACUACUUCUGAGAACAUACAUGGCUGGGACAAAAAACCCGUGCAGUUCCAGUUAUCAACCUCAGAUGGUCAGCAUGCAACGAGGCGAUGUGUGCUGGACAACAUAGGAAAAUGGGUAAAUUACCAUGUAGGAGAUUUUGUUGUUCAGGAUUACAAUUCAUUGAUGAGGAUAAAGUAUUCUCUUAGUCAGAUUGAUUGCACCCACAACAAAGGAGGUUUAUGUUUAGAUUCAGUUUUGAUUUGUCCUUUUAGUGUAGGGAAGAACUUGGAUAUCUUAAUUUAGGCAGUGACCUGCAGCAGCGUCCAGGUAAACAUCAAAUCAAUCAGAGCCGAUCAAAGUACAGAUUUGUUUUCUGUUCAGGGGAAGCAGAUCCAUUUCUUUGUGGGAAGAGCAUUGAUGCCUUUGUUCCAUAGAGUUUUUCUUGUUUCCUUCCGUUUUUUGAUUGGUCUGUGGUUUGGUUUGUCUGAGUUUUGUAAUUUUGUCACCGUACAGUCUGUAAAUAUUUGUAUACACAAUGACAUUUUUAUUUCUUAUGGUGGUUUGAAUCAAGAUAAGUUAUUCAGUGUAGUUCUCGUUCUUCC